AUGCUGAAUCGCCGCCAGAGCCUGCGCCCGCGGGCGCUGGACAUCCACUCGCGGAUUCGGAUCAUCCGGUCGGAUGAAGACAUCGUCAUGGAGGAAGACGAUGGCGCUGCGGGGCCGCAGAUCACGUCCUUCCAGGAGCUCGCCGAGAUGAUUGACGACCAGCCGGCCAAGCCGAAGCGCAAGAAGCACAUUCCGAUCCCGAUGAACGCGACGGUCCCCAACUACGAGAAGGAGGUGGCCCCGGACUUUGUGCUUCCGACGAGCUACAUCAAGAUGAGCCUCAACUUCCAGACGCCGGGCGAGACGUCGUCGUCGUCGUCGACCUCGACGAACGCGGCCACGACCAAGACCGAGGUCGACUUGGAGGUCGAGGACAUGGAGUGGCUCAAGACACACCCGCGCUAUGGUGAGCUCGGCGACCCGCGCUACCAGCUCUCGUACGAGCAGUUUGCCAAGAUGCUUGACGUGCUCGAGAAGGCGACCGCGCUCAUCAACCCUGGUGUCGUUACGCUGGCUGAAGCCGACGAAGUUUUCUUCAAGCAGCUGCAGAUCAAGACGACGCCGCUCAACCGCGUCGCCACUGACGUAUACAACUACUGGGUGAGCAAGCGCUCGGCGCUCAAGCGGCCGCUCUUGCGCAAGUACUGGCCGCAAACGCCGCUCAACGACACCAACCCGCACCUCGUGUUUCGACCGCGCGAGAAGGAGCGCUACAAGCUGCGGAAGCACCGGAAGAACGACAUGGAGGGGCUCCGGAAGCUCCAGCAGCUGCGCCAUGAUUUUGACCGGACCCGCCACCUCUUUGAGAUGGUCAAGCGCCGAGAGAAGCUCAAGCGCAUGCUGAUCGACUUUCUCGACGAGACGCGCCGGCAGUCGAUCCACGACAUGAUUGCCGCGGUCGUUCCGAGCAUGGGGCCGCGCCACCCUAAGAUUCCAACCGAAGAAGACCGCGAAAACAAGCACAAGAAGAAGAAAAAGAAGAAGGACAAAAAGCACCGACGCGACUCGAUCGAUGGCGAGAGCACAAGUCUGCACGGGAGUCCCGGGUCGCACGUCCUCAAGUCGGCGACGGCCUUGGAGGUCCAGCGCCUGCCCGUCCCUACAUUUAUGGACCCACGCCCGAUGGACAUGGUGGCCGAGGCGCCGCAAGAAACGGACGUCGCCACCGUCAUCUCGUUCCCGUCGUACCCACCGUCGACCGCGCAGUUGUACGCGACGAUGUUUCAGGAUCCGCCCCAGUACCGAAGCCGGUCGCGCUAUGGCCGUGGCGGGCGACUCAUUAUGGACCGCGUGCCGAUCUACAAGUCGUACGUCGAAUUCGAAGCGCCGCCGCUCGUAUCCGCUCCGCCCGCACCAAGUGGCCUGGCCGUGGCCGGUGUGCCAACGCCGACUGCGUCGAUACUGGCGACCCUCGGUGCCUCUCGCCAGCAGCGCAUGGAAGCGAUCUACAGCAUGAGCGACUCGGAGGACGAGCUCGUGACGAUGGACACGGUCGAAGAAGACAAGGUCCGCACGCUCAAGUACACGCUGGCCAUGUAA